CGAAGCGAUCAAGCAGAGCUAACUUUAAACGUCUUAAUGUCAACUUUUCGCCAGACCCGAUGUUUACGUCUCGCUUACUUAGGAAACGUUGGGUUUUAGCUGUGAUAUUCGCUUGUUCCUUUAUCUAUUUUAUCGUCAGACUUUUGAGACCGGAGGAAAAAGGUUGGCUGACUGACGAAUAUGAAGUGAAACACACGCUCCUUCGUCAACCAUUUCAAUGGCAACCAAACAUCGGUGACGAUGAGAAUGGAACUAAGGUGCUGAAAUGUCGGAAUUCCAUUCAAGGAAUACAAAUAAUAGCAGAUGACAGAGGUUAUGUAUGUGAGCGGUCAGCUAUCUUGACUGGUGGCUGCUGUGAUGCCUCUGUGCCACAGACCAGUCGCUAUAACUGUAACAGUUGCCAGGAGAACCACUGCUGUGUCAUCUAUGAGUACUGUGUUUCCUGCUGUUUACAUCCUGACAAGCAACAAAUCCUAAAGAAGAUCCUGAAGCAACCAAUUAACACAUACAGUCAGUUAUUUUCAUCUCUGAAGGACCAUUACGAGUUAUGUCUCAUGAAGUGUCGUACUUCCUCACAGAGUGUUCAACAUGAAAAUUCCUAUAGAAAUCCACAAGCUAAACACUGUUAUGGGGAAAAUCCUCCAGAUAUACAACCACUUAUUCCCUAGCAUUAACUACAGCUUCUGGCUGCAAUUAUUUUCAUCUUGAUCAUCCAUUUCCAUCUCAGGGUUAGCAUUAUUGUAAAUAUUUCAUUGUGACACUCAUUGACUGCUACAUCUUCAGUUCUCAUUUGAAACUUCACUGUCAUGCUAUUUAAUCACAUUGUCACUGAACCGAACCACAUGUACAGAGUACCUUUUUCCAUUUUUUUUUUCCAUUCUUUUUUUUUUUAACCCCCAUUAUCAUUGGUUUUGUUUCUGUAUGACAGGAACAGAUAUGGAAAUGUUAUGUUAAAGAACAUUUCGAAAAAACAAGAAUAUUGGAAUGAAUGUUUCUUCUCGUCUCUCAAUUACCAUCAUGUUCUGUUGUAUUGAAAUAGUAUUGUCCUAUUUCAUGCUGGAACAUCUUGGCGAUUUAACUUUUCAACUGGUUACAUUAAUCAACACAGAAAGGAACCAAUUACAGAGCCAGACUUUUAUUUAAAGACAAAAACAAAAUUUAAAAACAAAAAUAAAACAAAUAAAAAAGAAGCAAAAAAAAAAAC